UGUUACACAAGCAGAAUGACUGGUUUAAGCGCAAAUAUAGGAGGCAGAACGUUCCCGUGGCAUCUUAGUUCAGCAAGAUCGCGGAAUCGUUUCUGAUUAGAGCUCCGGGUAAGAAAGAACUCCACCGAGAUGAGAAAACACAACGACGCCGAGAAAGGAAAAUACACAACGCCGGAGGGCUCGAAGACCUGGGAGUACCUGGCCGCCUUCAGUUGUUCGAUCAUGGCAAUGUGCAUCGGCGCGAUAGUAGGCUGGAGCUCGCCGAGUCUCGUGAAGCUGAUGGAACCGGACUCGCCGAUCCAGGUCACCACCUCCGAUCUUUCCACGUUGGUGGCCCUGGUCCCACUCGGCAAAAUUUGCGGACCGCUCAUCAACCGGUUCAUUGUCGACAGAACUGGCCGGAAAAACGCCGUACUAGUCGGUGGCGCGUCGUCGAUUGUCUGCUGGGGUCUGACUACGAUCGCGACCAACAUUUGGGUCCUUUUCGUGGCGAGAGUGAUGGGCGGUCUGUGCCUUGGUGUGCAUCUGAGCGUAUCGACGAUUUACAUAGGCGAAAUUGCGUCACCAAGCACGCGAGGCGCCGCAGGAUCGUCGUUCCCGAUCAUGCUGAACGUCGGUCUUCUUCUAAUAUACAUCAUCGCGCCUUUCCUCUCGAUAUCAAUGAACGCGGUCGUCUGGCUGACCAUUUCCGUCGGUUUCGUGGUGAUUUUCUGGUUCAUGCCAGAAUCGCCAUACUUCUUGGUCAUGAAGGGCAGAGUGGACGAGGCGGAGGCGGCGUUGGAAAAGCUGCGCAGCAAGACGGACGUUUCGGAGGAACUGCAAGUGAUCGUUGAGGCGGUGUCCAAUAACGAGAAGGAGCAGAAGAGAGGUGGCGUCAAAGAGCUGUUGACCGUGCGCGCCAACCGUCGGGCCUUUAUCAUUCUCAACCUCAUGUCGUUCACUAAGUUCAUCGGCGGUCUCUUCUUGACCCUCACCUACGGUCAGCUUGUGUUCAAGUCGGCGCAGCUGCAAACAUUGUCCGAGCACACGGUCAACAUCGCGAUCGGCGCGGUGUCGUUGAUCAGCUCGAUAAUCAUCUCUUUCUUGGUCGACAGGCUGGGUCGCAGGCCGCUGAUACUCUUCUCCGGCAUCGUCGCCGCGAUGUCGAAUCUCGCGAUCGCCCUUUUCUUCUACGCGAAGGAUUAUCUGAAAAUGGACGUGUCCGCGUACUCGAUCGUGCCGGUGAUAGCGGCGGUGAUGCUGGUAUUUGCCUUCAACUGCGGCUUGUUGCCUAUGCAACUGGUCCUGUCGUCCGAGAUCUUCGCCACCGAAGUCAAGGCGUUGGCUAACUGUCUCGUGACAAUUAUAAACGGUGUUCUUACCAUGAUAGUGGCUAAGAUUUAUCUUCUGGUGGUCGUCACUUGGGGCUACGGCUUCUCGAUACCUUAUUUCGGGUUCUUCAUGGUUGUGACGAUGUGCACUAUCGGGGUCCUCCGUCUCCUGCCGGAAACGAAAGGCAAGACCUUUGUGCAGAUACAAAAGGAGCUGAACGAUUGAAACGGCCCGAAGAGGAGCGAAGAACGACGCGUUUCCGGAGAUCAGGAGACUACCUCUAUUGGAUUCCGCGGGAGAGCAUAUUGCCAAUCGUAAAUUACGCGUCUUAAAGAAAGAUAAUUCGCGCGCGCUGGCAUAAGAGAUCGUCGAGGAAAAUCUCGGUCGUCGAACACGCUCGAUCGACGUGAAAAAAAAAAAAAAAAAGAAAAUUGAAGGUCGAAAAAGGUUGUCCUUUAGAAUGCAUGAGCGAACAAAUUGUAGGGCAACAGUCGUCGGAACGUUUGCACGCGAACGUUUGAUGCACGUUACGUUUUUACGCGUUUGCCGUGUCACGAGAAUUCGAAGAAAAGUAGACGUCAUAUCGAUUCUCUCCUCGUCGACAGACUGCGAGUAUCGUUUGCGCGUCUCUCUCGAGCCGUGAAAUAAUAAACCUUGCCGAUGCAACGACGUCGAGUAACAGCAAAAGUAGAACGACGGCGAUCAAGAUGCGACCUGUGUGUUGCUCUAAACCGGUCUCAUAAAAAUCGUACAUUUCGUACCUUGACAAGUGCGAUCUCGCGAUAGCGAAAAUCUCUCUGUACCUCGGGACAGUUUUGAUGAAUCGUCCGGUUAACUCCGUACGCGUAUCGCGUGCCGGAGAUCGAUUCGCGGAGAGAAAAAAUACGUUCAAACAUCACGUGUGCGCUUAGAACUUAAAAACACAGAAACGCAGAAAUGAAUGGAGAGAUAAGCGAUAAGAUCGAACAAUCGCGAGUUUAUCGGCGUUUGCGUGAAUAACUGCGUGAAUGACGAUUAAAUUAUUCAAUGUGCGAGUAAUACAAGCAGAAGAACGACUGAUAGUAUGUUUCAAUGUAUAUUUAUUUAUUUUACGUACGUACUACAGUCUGAUUGGAAAUAUAAUAAAUCAAGUAAUUUUGCGA